AUGGCUCCGCAUUUUCCGCGACGCUGCUCGCACCAACCGUUACGAAGGACCACUACUCGCCCGCUCGCAACACGCUUGCUCCCCCUCUUAGCGCUGGUUUUUGCCGCGCUGAUUCUGCCGCAAAAUGCGCUGGCGGCGCAACCAGCAGGAUCGGGCUGGGGAUGGAAUGUCGCGUCCGCCGUGUCGCAGAUUUUCUCGUCGUUUCGCGCGGGAAUUCAAACCGCGCAGCCUACGACGGCGUCUGCUACUAGUAGCGUCAAACCUGCUGCGACUGGCACGUGCGACCCGUCGUCGCUGUCGGGUUACACGUCGUCGAUCGCGCUCGCGAGUGGUCUGCGCCUGCAUUGGGCGGUAACCGCCACGUCGACGAUCCAGCUGGCCGUCGAGGCGACGCGCGCCAGCGGCGCGGGGACGGGGUGGUUCGCCGUGGCGUGGGCGUCGUCGCCCGGCGCGAUGGCGCCGUCAGAUGCGGUGAUGUGCAACCUCGCGACCACGCCGGCUAUUAAAGCGUACAGAAUCACGGGAUACGCGGCGAGCAACGUCGCAGCGACGAGCACGUUCACUCCGGGGAGCGUGUCGCUGACCGCGGGAACGACGACCACCACCGCCAAGUUCACCUGGUCGACGGGUGACGGCCCAUCGGUCGCUGUGGACGUUCACCCGGUAGACGGGUUCACCCGGUCAACCAGUGACGGCUCAUCGGUCGCUGUGGACGUGGCAGGCGUUAACUCGCUCAUCUGGGCCUUCUCCGCCAGUGUGCUGACGUGGAACUGCAUUGCAUACCAGGGAUUCAUCCCCGCGCACGCACCCACCCAGCAAUGGGAUAGAAGCAAGCUGACACCCUGGCACCUUCCCGUUAUCUCACAUCAUCUCUCCCCUUCGUCCUCCCUUUCCCCCGAUCCGCCCCUCCCUUUCCCCCCUCUUCCCCCCGCUUCCCCCCUCUUCCCUUUGCUUCCUUCCUCCUUUCUCCCCAAUCGCAGUGGCAGUGCUGACGUGGACUUCUCCUGUGACGCCUCUGCUUCCGCCACCCCCGCGCCCCCUCCGCCCGCCACCUCCACCCCUCCGCCCUCCACCUCCGCCCCUCCCCCGCCCUCCACCUCCACCCCUCCGCCCGCCACCUCCGCCCCUCCCCCGCCCACCACCUCCGCCCCUCCCCCUCCGCCGUCUUCUUCUGGGGCAGGCUCCAACUGCCCUGCAUCCACCCUCCCUGGAUACACCUACCAGACUCAGCUCAAGGGCACCACGACCAAGGGCGGCGAGAUGGCUCCUUCUGACGCCGUCUUUGGCAACAUGACAGGUGGCGGAGUGUUUGACCCCUUUCAACGCUGUCCUAACAGGCAUCCCUCUCUGCCCUCCUCUCUCCUCCCCUGCCCCUUUUACAGCCUGCUGCUCCACUGGAAAGCAGCUUCAGCUUCCCAGCUCGAUCUAGCCAUCGAAGCCACUGCCGCUCCGGCCAAGUCUGGCUGGAUCGCCCUCGCAUGGGCCAAGGGCGGCAAGAUGGCUCCUUCUGACGCGGUCUUUGGCAACAUGGCGGGCGGCGGAGUGGCGGCGUAUAAGAUUGGUGGAUACUCCAUGGGCUCGAUUCAGCGCACCACUGCUUUUUCCAUCGGAACAGCCAACACCACCACCACUGCUUCCGGGUCAACAGUGGUCAAGUUCUCCCGAACCCAGGGCACAGGUUCGGCAGCAAAGGUGCAGGUGGCAGGGAGCAACAGCCUGCUGUGGGCCUACUCCCCGUCGGGGUCUAAAAGCCUCGGCUUCCACGGCGGCGCAUAG